AUGGUAACCAAGGAUGCAGCCACCGACGAGUACGACGACCAUGAUGGGUUGCGCCUAUACCGAGGUCGCGUGUACGUGCCGAGCGCCGGGCCUUUGAAGGAGACGAUAAUCAUACACUUCCAUGACUCGAAGAGGUUGGCGCGGCGGGCCAAGGAGGCUAAUUUGAUUGGCACGGGCGAUAGCGGGCAAGGCGACACGCGCGAAGGAGGAACUCAUGAAUGGGCCGUGACUGAGAGCAACGCGUGCGACGAUGCAGGAAAGUGCCGCGACGCGUGCGAGGAGGCGCACCGAACGGAUCCGCGUGAGGAAACUGCAUGA